CCACCACCAUACCGUAGAUUAUACCUGCAAGUAAAACAAAAGCCGCACCGUACGCGUCGACGUCGUGGCUACGGUUCUCAACCAAGCCCCUUGCUUUAUUCACAAAAAUCUUAAACUUUAAAUACCCAAGCCUGGCAACCCGCUCCAUAUCCCAAAACCUCAAACUCCAAGCACUCCCCAACCACCUUUAUUGUUUUUGUUGGGUUUGCCUUUGUUUAGACAGCUUCUAGGGUGAUGAGGUUUCGAGAAACUUACACGUUCAGUGCCUGGAAAUGGCUAGGCUUCGUGUCUGCCGUAUGGGUUCAGACCAUUUCAGGCAAUAACUACACUUUUUCGAACUACUCUGAUGCUAUCAAGACGCUCAUGAACCUUACCCAGCUCGAGCUUAACAAUUUGUCUGUGGCUAAAGAUGUUGGUAAGGCUUUUGGUCUCCUGGCUGGCCUUGCCUCUGAUCGUUUGCCCACCCCGGUUAUUCUCCUUAUUGGUUCCAUUGAAGGGUUGAUUGGUUAUGGUGCUCAAUGGCUCGUCGUCAGUCAUAAGAUUCAACCACUUCCUUACUGGCAGAUGUGCAUAUUCCUGUGCAUGGGAGGCAACAGCACAACAUGGAUGAACACGGCGGUGUUAGUAACUUGCAUCCGCAACUUCCGCCGCAACCGUGGCCCAGUAUCCGGCAUCUUGAAAGGCUAUGUCGGUCUCAGCACCGCCAUCUUCACCGACCUCUGCUCCGCACUCUUCUCCAACGACCCCGCCAAAUUCCUCAUCAUGCUCGCGGUCAUCCCCUUCGCCGUUUGCCUCACGGCCAUCUUCUUCCUCCGUGAAAUCCCCCAAACCGCCUCCGUUGCGGCAGAGAAGGAAGAAACCCGCUAUUUCGCAAUAUUUAACAUAGUAGCCGUCGUAGUCGCUGUUUAUCUUUUAGCUUACGAUUUCAUCGGUUCGACCAAUCAAGUUUUUUCGCUCGUUUUUGCGGUUAUUCUCCUUAUUUUAUUAGCUAGUCCGUUGGCAGUUCCGGUUUAUUCUUUUGUAAAGAGUUGGCGUUUGGUCGGGUUCGAAGCUGACAUGGAGCGACAGGAACCGUUGCUGAAAGAGGAAGCUACGGAGGCAAGGAAAGCGGAGAUUGUUACAGAGGAGGAGGAGGAAGUGGAGGCUGCUGCUGUGGCGGCGGAGGAAGAAGUGGCAGUGGUGGAAAAGAGUAGGCCGGAGUUAGGAGAGGACCACACGAUGUUCGAGGCGAUGACGACCUGGGACUUUUGGAUUUUGUUUGUUUCGUUUCUGUGUGGGGUGGGAACAGGUAUGGCGGUGAUGAAUAACAUGGCGCAGAUUGGGUUGGCCCUUGGACACGCCGAUGUUUCCAUGUUCGUCUCGCUGACAAGCAUUUGGGGCUUUUUUGGCCGGAUCAUUUCGGGUUCAGUUUCUGAGUAUUUUCUCAAGAAAGCUGGAACACCUAGGCCUCUUUGGAAUGCAGCAUCUCAGAUCCUGAUGGCAGUUGGGUUCCUUCUCAUGGCACUGGCUAUGCCUGGUUCCCUGUACAUCGGUUCAAUUGUUGUUGGCAUCUGCUAUGGAGUCCGUCUAGCAGUUACAGUCCCUGUUGCGUCAGAACUAUUUGGUCUCAAAUAUUAUGGUCUGCUCUACAACAUUUUAGUCCUCAACCUUCCCAUUGGUUCCUUCCUCUUCUCUGGCCUGCUUGCUGGCUAUCUAUAUGAUGCACAGGCUACCCCAACACCAGGAGGUGGGAAUACCUGUGUGGGAGCCCAUUGUUAUAGGCUUGUGUUUAUCAUAAUGGCUAUAGCCUCAGUUAUUGGAUUUGGUUUGGAUGUUUUGCUGGCAAUUAGAACCAAGAACGUUUAUACCAAGAUAUUCACCAGUCGAAAAUCGAAGAAAUCCUUGACGGCAUCCAGUGGCCAAUGAUAGACAAUUCUGCAGCAAACACAAGGCUGGAAUUGAGGAUUGAUGGGCUUUUUGCUCAGUGAUAUCCUAGGUAUAGCAUUUGCUGGUUCAGUCAUUUUAUAAGAUGAUCAGUGAUUCUAGAAAACCAUUAGUAGGCUAUGUGGUCUGAUAUAAUUUCCACGUCUAUAUUACUAGUCUGAUGUGAGGAUUUUUUUUUUUUUUGGUUUAAAGAAAAUGUUCCAUGAGAUGUUAUCAGAAUUUUGUUUAAAUCUUUUCUCAGUGGACAACACCAACUUGCCCUGUUUGAUCUGUCGGAUGGAAUCUCAUUUAUUGGUAGCACUGA